AUAAGCACUGUUGCUGCUAAUACACACAGCAUCAACCGACGCGUCAGGGUUUUUACGUUUUGGAGCUGAAAGCGUAUCGUAUCGUACCGUAUCGAGUAAAAAAGCUCUCAAAAACUUGAGCGUGGAUAAUCAGAGAGGCGGAUAAUAUGGGAGGCGAGGAGAAACGGCAUCAGAUGAUGCAGAAUCUGUUCGGCGACCAGUCCGAAGAAGAAGAAGAGGAAGAGAUCGAUUCUGAACACGAGUCUAAUCCUCAACCUAAUUACGCCUCUGAUGAAGCUGAAGGAGGGCUGAGGAAUGAGGGUGAAGGAGAAGUGGAAGGAGAAGGUGAAGAUGAAGUAGUAGAAGGGAAUGAGGAUGUGGAAGUAGAGAGUGAAGGUGAAGGUGAAAUGCGUGACGUAGAACCUGAUCCCGGAGAAAGUGAGGGUGAACGAGAAGCAACUUCUGAAGAAGUAGAUAUUGGUGAUGAGAGGGAGGUGAGCGAAGCAAAGGAUGUGGAUAGUGAUGAGAAAGAAGAAUAUGAUCGUAGAAUAGCCGUAGGACAGAGACAUGAUGUGAUUGAUAGUGGGUCCGAGAGAUCUGAGGAACAUCAAUUUGGUGAUCAUGAGGAUGAGGAGGUUGAUCAGGCUAGAAGUCCAAGCAGUAAAUCACCUGAUGUGGAGAAGGAUGACGAGAAUCACGUUUCACAAUCAGCUGCUGAGAUUCGCGAUGUGUUUGGUGCCUCUGACGAUGAGGAAGAGCCAGAUUAUGCUGUUAGGAAUGAAAUUGAGGAGGAUUUAGCUAGAUCUCCAACGGAUGAGGAAGGAAGCUAUGAUAGGAAUUUAAGACCCGAGGAUAUGCUGGUUGAUGAAGAUGCUCAAGAUGAAUCGGAAGAGGAAAAUAUUGACGUUAAAUCUAAAGAGAAACCAGUUGGCCCCCCAUUAGAGCUAGAGAUUCCUUUUAAGGAACCUCCAGCAGAUCAAGCUAGGAUGAAUAUGAUCACGGUUUCUAAUAUAAUGGGAAUUGAACGAAAAGAGUUUAAUCCUAAGACGUAUGUUGAAGACAAAACAAUUGUUACAAAUGAAUCUGGAGAAAACAAACGUAUCCGUUUGGAAAACAAUAUAGUGCGUUGGCGGACUGUUAGAAACCGCGAUGGCAGUAAAUCUAUUGAAAGCAAUGCACGCUUUGUGAGAUGGUCAGAUGGUAGUUUACAGCUGCUAAUUGGGAACGAAGUUCUUGAUAUAUCUGUGCGAGAUGAUCGGCAUGAUCAGACACAUCUUUUUCUUCGACAUAACAAGUCGCUUCUUCAAUCGCAAGGAAGAAUUUUAAAAAAGAUGAAGUUUAUGCCGUCAUCAUUGACUUCAAAUUCUCAUAGGCGGUUGACUGCUCUUGUUGACUCAAGUUAUAGAAAGGUUUAUAAAGUUAAGAACUGUGUCACCGACAUUGAUCCUGAAAGAGAAAAAGAGGAGAAAGAAAGGGCUGAAAGUCAAACAAUUAGAGCAAAUACAAUUCUUAAUAGGAAGAGAGAAAAGAUUAGCCGGAAAUACACACAAAAUGUUGAUCGAAGGCGUCAGCUUUCUCCUGGAUUCCUGGAGGAUGCUCUUGAUGAGGAUGAAGAACCAGAUUAUUAUGACUCCCGCCGUUCUCGCCGCCGCUUCGAGGAAGAUCUGGAAGUGGAAGCUCGGGCAGAGAAACGAAUUAUGAAUGCUAAGAAGGGAAACAAAGAUAUUCUUCGCAAGCCAUCUUUACCCGUUGCUAAGUCAUCAAAGCGCCCUAUUAACUUCUCUGACAGUGAGAGAGAAGAGUCUGAGUAUGAAACUGACGGGGAGGAAGAUGAGAGAUCUCUGCCCAGGAAACGAGGCGAGGAGCCAGAACAGGAAUAUGAAGAAGAGGAAGAAGAGGGAGACGACCGGUAUGAUGAAGCAGAAGCUGAUGUGGCCUCAGACGAGGAAGAUGAGGCUGAGGAUCCAAGACAAAAGAGCAAGGAUUUUGGAGGCAGUCGCAAGAGGGCUGGGAUUGAAUCAGAUGAAGAAUCCCCGCCAAAAAAGAUGGCAACCCACCGACGAAUGGCGGUUGUUUAUGAUAGCGAUGAGGAGUGAAAACGUCAUGGAGUUGAAUAUGAUGCUAUGAGAAGGUCUGCUAUCCACCUAUCCCGGUGAUGAGUUUCAGAAAGAACGUGAGACACGGAAGGUCGUCGGCGGAUGAAGAUAGAUUUAUGAUAAGUAUACUUAUUUUUGAUGAAUAUGAUAAGUAUACUUGUUACUAUUUAUUUGUAAAAUAUUAAAAAUUAUCACUAAUGUAACAGAUGAUUAUAAUAUUUCCAGUUUAUAUAAUCUUUUUUCUUCAUAAA